GUGUGUGUCUACAUAGAGAAGACAGUAUAUACCAACACAACACAGGAUGUAUGGUUUCAUGUAAAUAAUACAUUAAUUUGGAGGAUUACACAGUGUAUUUGGGGGCCACGUGUGUGUGUGUGUGUCUACAUAGAAAAGACAGUAUAUACCAACACAUGUAUGGUUUCAUGUAAAUAAUAAAUUAAUUUGGGAUGGGGGAUUACUUAAUUUAUUUUGGGAGGGGAGGCUGGGAUUUAGUUUGUUUUUACACGUCACUUAGAAUCCCCUUGAGAUUUGGAUACACGAUUUGAAAUUGUAGUCGAUGCUUUCAUCCCUUCAUCUGAUUCCGUCAUACUUUAAUCUCACCGCGUUAAUCCUUUCAUCUAAUUCUGUCAUCCUUUCAUCUUCACAUCUUUAUCAUCUAAUCGUUUUUCUAUCUAAUCUUUAAUUUUCUCAUCUCAGCCUGUCUGAUCGCAGCACCAUGACCGGAGUUCCGCAGCUGAUUAAAAUCGCAUUCUCCCUGAAGAGCACUUCGGGUGAGGGCCACGUGUUCUUUAAGGCGGACGGAACGAGAUUUGAUCAGAACCGAACCAUAAAACUGCUCACAGGCACCAAAUAUAAAAUAGAAGUAACUGUCAAGCCCGGCGCGGCCGAGGUCACAUCCAUGAGCGUUGGUGGGGUUACGUUUCCUUUGGAGCAGAAGUCUAAAGACCCUCAGGCGGUAGUGUAUUCAGCGGUGUACAACACGGAAGGGGUGGCACACACCAAAAGUGGAAAGCGGGAGUGUGUCCAAGUGGGAAUACAGUUUAUGUCUGCAGGCCUCUUCGAGACUACGUGGCAGGUCAAAUUCUACAACUACAAGAAGCGAAACCACUGCCAGUGGGGCAGUAGUUUCCGCAGUAUUGAGUAUGAGUGCAAACCUAUUCACCCCCACGGCCUGAUGUCCAUCAGUAAGGAAACCUAUUUGUGAGAAAGUACAAAUAACAACUAAGAAAGCAUAAGAAUCACAUUCAUGACCAGCAGUGAAGCGCACAUUCACAUAUCAGUUAUAAUGAGUAUCCAUAUAGCAUUCAUAAUAGUAUACACACAUAACUUUCAGGUCCUGUAUAACAUUAUCAUCCCAUUAUUAGGUGAUGCCAUGACUGGGAUUUUGCUUAAUAUUAUUUAUUUAAGGCAUCUUUGUUAUGUUGUUUGAUGUUUGUCCGUUUUGUGUUCUGUGAUAUCUGUGUUUGAGAAACAGUGUUCAGUUCAAUUAGAAUGCAAUAAAUCAUCCUUCCAAACCGAACGCCAUGCAGGCAUUCUACUAAAGGUCAUCAUUUUUCGUCUAUACUAUUGUGCUCGAUGUCUCAAAUGCAUUUUAGGUCCAAGACCUUCUCGAUGUGUAGUUUAUUAUAAGCAUUUUUAUUCAGGUUGCAUUGCUGCCUCUAUUUGAUCUUGGGCUGGAGUUUAUUCAGCAUUUCUGUGGAUGUUUUCUUUUCCCCUGUGAUUUUGUGUGACUUUUCCUCAGGUUCUCUCUGUCCAGAAACACACAGGUAGGCACAUUGGCUAGGUUUAAAAUCCCUGUAGAUAUGCCUGAAUUUGUGUGUGUUUGUGUGUGUGUUUAUGUUUGUGUGUGUGCAUGGUGCUCUGCCAUUCUAUCCAUUUUUCCAAGCUGAAUUUUCCCUUUAUGCUUCCAUUGUUCCUGGAAAACAGACUCCAGUCAGAUCCAUUGUGACUCUGAUUAAAAUAAAGUAGGUAGCAACAGUGAUUGAAAGAUAAUGCACAUAUUUUAUUUAAGGUUGUGGAAUUGAGAAUACAUGAGAUUGUUGUUUACAGUUUUUGAGAAAAUACGUUUACACAUCAAAAAAAUAAAUUGAUAUCUUUUUAUUUGAUACUGUAUUAAUAAAACCAUCUACACUUUUUUUUGUUUCCAUGGUUUCAAUGCUACUCUAUAAAACAUUGUGGUGUGUAAUACGAUUUAAUAAUUCACAUUUUUAUAACAAUAUAUAUAAAAAAGACAAUAUUUUUUAUUGCAUGUAUUGAGCCUUGUGGCCGGCAGAUGGCGCUAAAGUAACAGAUCUGCACUUGGCAGACUUCAAUACUGCGGAAACCAAAACGAGCGCUUAUAACCUAUUCAUUGUGCUUUGCAUAUAGGACAUGUUAUUAUCUGUCAUAAUAUCGUCUAUAUUACAGGAUAUUCUCAUGCACCUGUAAAUAUUCACUAGGCUAAACAAUGGAAUUCGACCACUUAUUAGAAA